CCGACGUAUACUCUCCCGCUCCUUAAGUCUGAUAUGGCAGCUGCCACCUUCUCCUAUCUGUUCUCGCCGCGUUUGAACGUAUCAUGUUAUACCCUCUGCUGGCUAGUGUCAUAGUAGCCGCGUUGGCCUCGAGCUCGCACGGGCACCGCAUCGACCGCAAAGCUAUCGUAUCUCGCUACAAUCCAAAGAGGAAUGCGUCGAAUCUCGUCACCCCCAUGCAAGUUGGGAAUGGCGACUUUGCUUUUGGUGCGGAUGUGACGAGUUUGCAGACGUUCCAGCCUUACGCAGUUAUGUCUUCGUGGGGCUGGAAGAACGACUCUCUGCCCAUUGGUCGGACGAUGCAGGACGUUAUGAAUUACCGCGGCGUGAGCUGGUGGAAUCACGAUCUCCUCGUGGAGUAUAUGUUUGGUGGCGAGGCGGAAAUCCAGCAAUGGCUUAUCUCGAACCCUAAUCGGGCGAACCUCGGUAGAACGGGCCUCGUGUUCUUCUCUUCCAAUGGCUCUGUGGUCCCCGUCGUCGAAACGGAGCUUGUCAACAUACAGCAAGAACUGGACUUGUGGACAGGGACGCUCACCAGUCACUUCACAUACGAUGGACAGCAUAUCAACGUCCAAGUCAACGCGCAUCAGGAUACUGGCGCAGUGGGCGUGCAGAUCACCUCCCCUCUUCUCCACUCCGGGCGGCUGGGGCUGUUCCUCGACUACCCGUGGAACGACGGCUCGUCCAAGUUUUCCGCGCCGUUCGUCGGAAUCUUCAACGCGACCGCGAACCACACCACCUCCCUUACCACCGGCCGGGACCUUGGCACCAAUGUGGCGGCGCAAAUCACCCACGCGUUCGCAGCCAACACGUUCUUCACGUCCCUGGGUGGCGACCGCUUUUCCGUCUCCCGGGAUUCUCCCACCGCACAUCGGUAUACUAUCAGAUCGGCGGCGAACUCGUCCACAUUUGCAUUUACACUGCACUACGACGUUGCUGAACCAAGAUCUAUUCCGACAGCCGCGGAGAUCGUCCAAUCAUCCAAUGCGGCCUGGGAGAACUUCUGGGAGAAGAGCGGAUUUGUGGAUGUCUAUUCCGGGUCGACGGAUUCGCGUGCCGACGAGCUGCAGAGGCGUAUCGUCCUAAGUCGCUAUCUCUUACGAGUCAAUGAGGCUGGCGGCGAUCCUCCGCAGGAGUCCGGGCUCGUCAACAAUGGAUGGUACGGCAAGUUCCACCUUGAAAUGUUCUUCUGGCAUGAAGUGCAUUGGGCCCUAUGGGGUAAUUGGGACCUUCUGAAACGCGCUACCCCCGUCUACCAACGCUUCCUGCCGACCUCCGUCGAGCGUGCACAGGUCCAGCAGCCCUGGUCGGCCGGAGCUCGCUGGGGCAAAAUGUCCGAUCCGAGUGGCAGGUCCGCGCCGGGGGAAAUCAACGAGCUCUUGAUUUGGCAGCAAGUUCACCCCCUCGUGUUCGCGGAGUACCAAUACCGCGCGUUUCCAAAUCGGAGCACGUUGAAGGAGUGGAGGGAUGUCGUCGUUGCUACUGCGGACUGGAUGGCAGCCUUUGCUUGGUGGAAUCAGACGACGAAGGUGUACGACCUCGGACCGCCGAUGUACGUCGUUAGCGAAGACACGAGUCCGAACGUAACGGUCAACCCGGCGUUUGAGCUCGCUUACUGGAGGUUUGGGUUGGGGUUGGCGGAGACGUGGAUGAAACGGCUGGGCGAAAAACCUCCGGCCGCGUGGUCGACCGUGAAGGCAAAUUUGGCACCUCUGCCUAUCGAAAACGGGCUCUAUGCUGUCUAUGAAGGCAUCGAGCACGACUUUUGGGCCGACCCUGCGUACACGAAUGACCAUCCCGCGCUCGUCGGUCUGCAUGGAUGGCUUCCUCCGACUCCCGGAUUGAACCUUACCACCGCAAAAGCGACUAUAGAGCAAGUGUGGACCACUUGGAACAUCACCAACAGCUACGGGUGGGAUUUUCCCAUGCUCGCCAUGUCCGCAGCUCGUAACAAUGAGUCCGAGCAAGCUAUCGGCUUCCUGCUGAACGAAUUGUUCUCAUUCGACGACGCUGGCUAUCCUACUGGAGGCGUGCGCGUGCCCACGCCUUACUUCCCAAGCUCGGGGUCGUUUUUGUUGGCGAUUGCCCAGAUGGCCGCCGGAUGGGACGGGAGCGACGGCGUUGCACCUGGUUUCCCAGCAACCGGGUGGCAUGUACGUGUCGAAGGCAUAGCGAAGACACUCUGAAUAGUAGCAUGUACUUGUAGGCAGUGUAAAUGUUGCGCUCGAUGCUAAGAUUGACUCGAC